AAAAUUUACAAAAUUUGAGCAUCGAUUCCUCCAUAAAUGUAAAACCCUUAUCAGUGAAUUUUUGUUCUGUCUACUGUCCGAUCUCUCCGGAGCGCGCCGCACAGAAAAAAAGCAACAAUCAAAAAUCGACAUUUAAUACGUCGGUAGCCGGAGACUCGCAUAGAAGUGCAAAAAUUGACCUUUUCAAAGAAAAAAUCCGAGAAAAAUAAAAAAAAAUGGUUGUUAGAUAUUUGAGACCUCUGCUAUCGCUGAACCGGCAAGUAGUCAACCAGCAAUCGCGCGUCAGAUUCUUCAGUGCGGGUCAAGUAGCGUUGUCAGCUCGCCGAUACACAGACAAACACGAAUGGGUGUCAGUUGAGGGCAAAGUCGGCACAAUCGGCAUCUCGAAAUACGCCCAAGAAGCUCUCGGAGACAUCGUGUAUGCCCAAUUGCCGGAAGUUGGCACCGAACUGGCACAAAAAGACGAAUGCGGCGCAUUGGAAAGUGUCAAGGCAGCAAGCGAAGUUUAUUCGCCGGUCUCGGGAAAAGUCACGGAAAAAAAUGCCGCCGUCGAGGAUACGCCAGCACUCAUCAAUACAUCGUGUUACGAACAAGGCUGGCUCUUCAAACUGGAACUCACAAAACCCGAAGAACUCGACAAACUGAUGGACGAAAAGCAGUACGAGGAGUUCUUGAAGACAGAUGCUGCUCAUUAAAAAAUUUUUUUUUUUUUGAAAAUUGACACGACGAAGCAUUUUUUACAUUAUGACACUUAGGUAGUUACUAACAGUAAUAAAAUUUAUUAAAAUCGAAAACAA